AUGGCUGACGCACGGGAAGAAACUAGCCGCUUAUAUGGCCCCCCGAAAAUUACUAUUGUCCCUCAUGAGGGAAUUGAGGAUGGACCACCUCAACUGCACAUGAGCCGGGUGCCAGGUCAAGCUCAAGCUCUUCGGAUCAUCCAGCCUCCUGAGUCCCUUUUCCCUGCCUCAAGGUCUGCGGAACUGGCGCCUUCUUCGACAGUUUGGGGCUCCCAGCGAGUGCAAAGGCGAUGGCUGUUCAACGCCCAUCCAGAGGCUUUCGUGGGCAGCUCUGAAACUGCUAGCUAUCUGUCCGAAGGUCUCGCCCAGCUUGUGCGGCCGGAAGCCUCACCCACGACUCAGCCACUUUUGGCGAUCAGUGAGAUGGCGGAUGUCACCAACCACACACGAGUUGUAUCCGUCCCCGUUCUCGCCAUGGCUGCCGGCGAGUCUGGCGAACUUCUUCGUCUGUCCAAGAUUGAUGAGACAAACUGGCAAUGGGGCGAGAAUGAAAGUCCGACGCUUCGAAUGCUCAGCAUCGACCAGCACGACAAGGAAGAAUCUGUCUUGUGGUCAAGUGACGGAGCCCCGAUUCUGCAGAUCAAGCCUGCUCUGAGCUUGGUCCGGUUCGAACCGACGAGGUGGUUGCUGGUGCAAAAACGGACUUCGACUACGAUCCUCCAGCCGGACUACCACAAGGUACCUGUCUCAGAACGCCCCCCUGGAGUUGAUCAGGCUAUCGAGCGCCCGUCUCGAAUCAACCCGAGACCCGUCCUCACUAUUUACUCAGAACAGACUGGCGGCUUCGCGCAUUCUGAUGUGUCUUUCAGCUACGGCUCCCAGAGAAAGCCGCCUCAGGUGGCCGUCAUAGACGAGUGCGGGUACUACAGCGUCUGGGAUGUCAAGGGUCGAGACAUGGUAGGAUCCAACGGCAUGCGCCCGAAGCUCCGCCAUUGCGGCCACAUUCACUUGGGCGUUACGGAGCAGCUCCCCGACGAGGACUCGCCAGCUUUCCGCACAGAGCCUCAUGGCGUGAUGUGGAUCGGUGCGGCCGGCCCAGGUGUUGACCUCUGGGAUGUCCCCACAGGGCAAGACAUCGAUGUGGGAAAUGACCUGGCUGCCCUGACAUCGAGGUCCAAGAAGCUCGCCAUCUGGAACCGCGCAAAAUUCGAGGUCAUUGAUGUCAAAGACCCGGCGUUCCGAAAGAGCUUGGCCGUGCUCAAGACAGACGAGCCAGACUACAUCCUCGACGUGAAGCCAAAUCCACUGAAUAGGAGUCAAAUCUUCAUCCUCACCAGCUCGGGUUUCUUCUGGAUUGAGACGUCGUCUUCGGGGACGACAGCCAACAAAGCAGGCGGUCUCACAAUUCUGCAGUCCUUUGCACACCUCAGGGGCUCGGAUGCCGACACACUGAGACUCACCGUUCACCACGGCGGCUCUGAGGCGGGAAACCAGAAGUGCACGGUUUUUCUCUACUCUGAGAAAUCGCCAGAGGUAGAUGUCUACUGGUUCUAUAUGCCUGAGGAGACGGGUUUGCCACAAUUUGAACACCACAUAAUGAAACUCUCGGGCAACCCCGCGAAGCUUCAAACUCUGUGUCCAGUGCCUGCUUUCCUGAGAAACCCCUUUCCUGCAACAGCCAAAGGGCCAGGCUUGGAGUACCUCAAUCAUGAGAUCAGAUUUCAGCAACUAUUUGUUCUCGGCAAGGACCUCAGCUUGAGUCAGAGCCUCUUUGCCAUCUUAGCCGGCCCUGAUCUUGAAGUGGUGCCUCCCGAUGGCAGUCGCGAGUGGUCAAGGGACGGGCGUAGACAAGCCCAUAACAAGAGGCGAAGGCAGUUCCUGCAGCAUUUUGAGGGCACUUUUGUAGUUCCCGAUGGACUGGGUGAUAUGGACGAACUAGUGCAGCGUCGCGCCAAUCGAUACCAGGAGCUUAUGGACAAUGCGCUGGCAGGAGAGGAACCACGGCUUCAGCAGCGGUGGCCUCGGAGUCUCAACUUGGACCAGUUCAUAUCUCGCGUCAAUGUUUCGAUAAAAUCGGUCAUCAUGGCGUCAGAGCAAGCUACUAUCGAGGGGCCUCUGUCUGUAUUCGAGGCCAUACGGGAAGCGGCCGCCAACUGUCUCGAGACUGAGGGCGGAUACAUCCCGUUGCACACUCUGCACGAAUACGAAAACGCCUUUGAGCCACCUCCUGUAUCCCACGAGGCAAUAGCAGCGUGGGACGCUCGCUUUCAAGAGCUGAUUAGCUCGCAGAGCGAUCGCGUCCUCGCUCAACCUCUCACCACACAAUUUCUAUACCGCGGGGAAACUUCGUCGCCCCUGGCAGACAUUCGCGACCAGCUAGAAAACCUGUGGAGUCCGGCAGGUCUCCCGCCUAGAGCGCAGCAAUCACGCAGCGUCGUGCUGGCUGAGACGGCCGAGGCCAUUGCUAGAUCCCUCUUUGGUGUUGCCGUACUCGACGCAAACCUCCCCACCGCAGAAGACGAGGCUCCUACCUGGGUUCCUGAACCACCGCCGCAGAUCAUCCGGCAACCGAGUCAACGAUCAAGUCAGCGAUUUUCAUCGUCGCCUGCAAAACGAAGCCAGCUAUCGUCAAGUCAGCGACUCUCGCUCUCACCAACCAAGCUAAGCCAACCUCUCAGCCAGAGAAUCUCGCUCUCGCCGACGAAGCGCGGCCAAGCCAUCAGCCACCGCCUAUCCUUCUCGCCCUCCAAGGGCGCCCGCUCCCAGCCCUUCGAGAUCCCCUCCUCGUCAUUCCCCUUUUCAUCCUCGGGGCCCCUAUUCUCCCAGUCCUCCUCCGCCGCCGCAUCCUCCGCAGACGCUACACCCACAACCGCGACCACAGCCCUCCAGCGCCUAAGCAUGCUCGCCGAAGAUAUCAAUACCUCGGACCCGCCCGCCCGCCAGCACCGGGUCCUCACCUACUGGCCAACCGCCCGUGGCGUCAGCACAGAAGGCUACGUCUCCUCCGUCCUCGCCUCCUCGACAAAGCACAUGGACGUCCUCAACGAACGCCGUCACCGCGCCGAGUCCCGCCGCCGCAAGCGCAGGUCGCAGUUCUUCGGCGAGACGCAGGGGGGGACGACGGCCACACAGAGCGAGAUGGACGAUGUUUUCGACUCGGCGAGGCCAGGGCCUGCAACCACGAGCGGUCCAGAGUUCGCGCCGCCGCCGCCGCUGCUGCUGCUGCCGCCCGCAACGCAGCCCCUGCCCAAACUGGCGCCGCCCAUCAUCGGCUCGAGCCAGCUUCCGCCAGUGCCGUCUUCGCAGGCCAUCUUCUCGUCGCAGGUGCCGCAGGUCAUGUCGCAGCCCAUGUCUGGGAGGCACGGGAUGCGGUCGCCGGGCAAGAAGAAGAAGAGAAAGUCUGGUUUCUAA